GUGGUCACCAAGUGCAACUCUUUUCUAUUGGCAUAGACAGGCGGUGAUCCGGCGGGGGAGACGUACUUGCGGGUGUACGAGCAUAUGCGGUCGUUCCACGCUCGGAUUGAGCACACGACAGACAGGGUGACGAGGGACGCCGAGGCGGAGGCAUGCAUUGGGGAUGACGAGACGAGCAGGUGCGCGUCAUGGUGGCUGGAGCACGGCGCAUGCUUCCCGGACUUGCAGGAGAUCGCUGGUCGUGUGAUGCAUAUGUGGACGUCUGCCUGUCCUGCUGAGAGGAAUUGGGCAGAGCAUGAGCGCAUCCACACGGCCAAGCGCAACAAGCUCAGGUUCAGGAAGGUCGCGCAGUUAGUGGAGAUUGCUACAAAUCUCAAACUACUUGGAUUCAGCGAGCGAAGUGGGAAGUACGUGCUUCCGUGGGGUCACAUGGCGACUUUAGCGGAGGCACAACAAGAGGAGUACACCCACCCUCUGGUCGACGCAAGGAUGGUGAGCAGGAGCCUGAGCCAGAGGUUUGGGGAGCUGGAGCUUAGUCAGCAGUGCCUGCACACGAGAUCAGUAUACAGCUUCGUCACUUCCAGCGGCGGGGUGGUCGGCACCCAGCGGGUUGCUGAGGUCUUUGGUGCUAGAGCCGAGAUACUGCAUCCUCCACCGCCAGCAGAGCCAGUGCAGGCGUCGAAGGACCCGACGGAUACGGACGGUGGAGAGGAUUUGCCCGUUGGUGUAGAUAAGAGUGCCGAGAGACUCUACUACACGUACGGCGGGGGACCAGAUGGAUUUCAGCCACGCUGUACCGUCAUUCGGGAGAGCGACGACGACACCAUCCCCGCUACAGUAACAGGGUUGGACCGUGGACAGCGAGACGCUUCAGGCGGCGCAAGUGGUUCAGUCCCUGGUGUGGCAGGGAGGACACCGGGGUGGACGACGAGGACGACGACGACGGACGACGAGGAGCCAUUGGUGUUACUCAGAGCACGCUUGGCGCGCGAGCGCGCCUCAUCCGCCGUCGAGGGUCUUAGGCAAUCACUGAGGUUGCAGGCGAGGAUGAAAUCGCCUACAGGUGGUAGAGGCGAGGUGUCAGACCAUCUAGACGACAUCACAGCAGAGGCGCAUUUGGCGAGACAGUGCACACCCGCCUCAACACCUGGGGCCGACGUGGAGCAGACAGAGCUGCGCACGAGUGGCUUUCAUGGUCAUGGACACGGACUUUCUGGCAGCGGUGUUCGAGGAGCGACUCACGGGCAAGCCAGAGUGGGGGAUGACAUCGAGUACCGUCCUAUGGAGGGUGGUAGAGCAGAGUCUACGGAGGAGCUCCAUGCCCGGAUGGAUCGGGAGGAGCAGCAGCGGCUGGAGCAGUUGCAGAGAGAGUGGGAAGGUAGACAUGCCUACAUGGGGGAGCAACAACGUAUUCGGGACUUGGAGACCGGUGCUGCACUUCUUGAUGCGGGCGGGGUCGAGCAUCACGCUCCUACAGUCCCGCAUCCAUUUACAGCCGACGCGUCGACACCUGACACACGUGGACCGUUGACGUCACCCCCGGGCGAUGUCGACUCAGGGUCCGCAAUGGGAGGAGACAGUACUGCGUCUGAGUAUGGAGAUCCGGGCUUGUCCACCGUCAUACUUGGAUUGGAUGCGGCGGGCACGUUGCAGCCUGAUCCUCCAGUCACUUAGGAGGCAGUUCAUAUGGAGGGCGAUUCAGGCAAGUC